UUUUGAACAGAACGUUUUCUGUGUUUUUACGUCGUCUCCUCGUUGACCCUGUGGACGGAGUCACGUUGAAGGUUGAGUCCUCUGGAGGCUGAAGGACUCUUUCUCUCUCUCUCUGUGUGUGUUGAGGCAGACUGAGACUCAAGGCCUCCUGUCUCCUGUCUCCUGUCAGACUCUCUGAUUUGAUUUCAGCCUGAACGGAUUCACUGGAUUUCUGUGGAGCAGCGACAGACUCGCCUCAUGUGAGCAGGUCCGCUGUUCACACACACACACACCCACGGACCGGCACAGACACCCGGAGGAGAGCCGGUGGACCGGAUGCCUUCCUCGGAUGGAGAGCCGGUGAGAGCGGAGAGUCCGGAGCUCCUGCACCGGGAGACAACAACCAACACUCUGUCUCUAUAACCGGUGAGAUUAUCACCUCCUAGAUCCAUUGAUCACAUUGAUCCAUUGAUCCAUUGAUCACACUGACUGUUGGAGAGAAGGAGCGCACCGGAGACACCGGGACCAUGAUCCGGAGCUGCUGCACCGGGGUCAUCUGUGCACGAUAGAAGAAAGAAGAAGAAAUAAUAAAGGAAAAGCUCUCUGAUCUUUUCUGCUCGUGCAAAAUCCACUCACUAAUCCCGUGCAUGUAUUGAUCCAUUGAUUGGUUUUGUUUUGCGCACUGGACUGGACUCACCGGGACCAUGAUCCGGAGCUGCUGCACGGGUUAGGGUUCUCUGUGCAGGAUAGAAGAAAGAAGAAGAAGAAGAAAUAAUAAAGGGAAAGCUGAUCGUUUCUGCUCGUGCAUUAUCCACUCACUUCAUCUAUCGAUCCAUUGAUUGGUUUGUUUUGCGCACUGGACUGGACUCACCUCAACGGGACCAUGAUGAUCCGGAUCUGCCUGAGAGUUCUUCAGUCCGAAGGUUAGAAUAAUAGAAUAAAACCAACAAAGAGAAGAUCUUCUAUUGCUGAAGUGAUCCCAGUAACUGACUGGUCUGUGUCUGGAGGAAGAGGAGGAGGAAGGUUGGAGAACUAGACCCGGAGAGCGCAUCGGACACCAUGAUCAGGAUCUUCCCGGAUUUCAGCGUCCAGGUGACGGCGUCGGGACCCGGAGGACCGGGGGUCGGAGGCGGGAUGGUGUCGGGACCCCCGGGUGGUCGGGUACCGGUCCAGGUCCCCGGAGCCACCAACGGGACCCCGCAGGGCGUGCAGGGGAUCAGCGCCUACCAGCAGAGUGACCCCUACUGGGAGCGGCCGGCUAAUGCAGGCAGCUGCUCCGCCGCCCGGCCCAAGACCCUUCACCUGGCCGGCCAGCAGCAUACCUCCUCACCAUGGCUGCAGGCUCUGAGGAAGGAGAAGUCGCGGGACGCGGCGCGAUCGCGGCGGGGAAAGGAGAACUUUGAGUUUUACGAGCUGGCCAAGAUGCUGCCACUGCCGGGCGCCAUCACCAGCCAGCUGGACAAGGCCUCCAUCAUCCGGCUCACCAUCAGCUACCUGAAGAUGAGGGACUUCGCCAACCAGGGGGACCCGCCGUGGAACCUGCGCAUGGAGGGACCGCCGCCCAACACCUCGGUCAAAGCUAUCGGUUCCCAGCGAAGGAGGAGUCCCAGCGCCGUCGCCUCGGAGAUCUUCGAACCUCACCUGGGCAGCCACAUUUUACAGUCUCUGGACGGGUUUGUAUUUGCAACAAACAAAGAGGGACGCUUCCUCUACAUCUCUGAGACCGUCUCCAUCUACCUGGGGCUGUCACAGGUGGAGCUGACCGGCAGCAGCGUCUUCGACUACAUCCACCCCGGAGAUCACGUGGAGACGGCGGAGCAGCUCGGCAUGAAGCUUCCUCCGGGCCGAGGGUUGUCUCUGUCCCAGGGAGCCGUCAACGAAGACGGGGCGUCCUCGGCGUCGUCGUCGUCGCACUCGGAGACGCCGGAACCAGUGGAGUCCAGCAGUCCCGUUCUUCUGUCUCCUGAUAACACUCUGGAACGAUCCUUCUUCAUCAGGAUGAAGUCGACGCUCACAAAGAGAGGAGUGCACAUCAAGUCCUCGGGAUAUAAGGUGAUACACGUCACGGGGCGUCUGCGCAUCCGGAUGGCGUUGACGCACAGCCGCUCGGUGCCCAAUCAGAUCAUGGGGAUGGUGGUGGUGGCCCACGCCCUCCCGCCGCCAACCAUCAACGAGGUCCGCAUUGACUGUCAAAUGUUCGUCACCCGAGUCAACAUGGACCUCAAGAUCAUCUACUGCGAGAACAGGAUCAGCGACUACAUGGACCUGGCGCCGGUGGACAUCGUGGGGAAGAGAUGCUACCAGUUCAUUCAUGCUGAGGACGUGGAGGGAAUCAGACAGUGUCACCUGGACUUGAUGAACAAGGGUCAGUGUGUGACGAAGUACUACCGGUGGAUCCUGAAGAACAGCGGCUACAUCUGGAUCCAGUCCAGCGCCACCAUCGCCAUCAACGCCAAGAACGCCAACGAGAAGAACGUCAUCUGGGUCAACUACGUCCUCAGUAAUCAUGAGUAUAAAGACGUGCCGAUGGACAUCGCCCAGCUGCCCAACCUGCCUGAGAAAACCUCCGAGUCCUCCGAAACCUCCGACUCUGAGUCCGAGUCCAAAGAAAACUCUGACGCUGAGAACGCCAAGUCAGAGGGGAAGCCGGGCCACCAAUCAGAGCGCGAGGACCCGGAGACGGACAGCAAGCGUCAGCAGCAGCCCGGCCAACCGCACUGCUCCUCCGAACAGGAAAUGAAGCGUCAGGAGGAAGGAGACAGCUCGAGUAACCCCGAGAGCCAGGACAGCGACGACAGUCUGGAGCCUUCGGAUGGAGAGGGAGAGGAACAGGAGGAGGCAAGGGGAGGAGGAGGAGGAGGAGGUGGAGGAGGUGGAGGUGGAGGUGGUGGAGGUGGAGGAGGAAGGAUUGGGAGGUUAGCAGGACUGGGAGGGUUAGGUGGACUGGGCGCCAUCGGAGGACUGGGUAACCUGGGCGGGCUUCAUAUUAAAGUAGAGCACUACGGAGAGGGCGAAGAAGUACAGAUGCACAACUCACAGACUUCUUCAUCGGAGGAGGAGGAGGAAGAGGAGGAUGACGACGAGGAGGAGGAAGAAGACGGAGGCGUGCAGGAUUGCGACGGCGCCGAUGCCGGGAGCAAGCUCCAGAAGAGGCGGAAGAGGAGGAAAGUGCAGAAAUGGGACGGAUCCCGAAGCAGGAGGCUCCGUCUCUCCUCGACCCCGCCCAGCCCCGUCGCCAUGGGUGACGCCACGCCGAUGGUUGACCCCUCCCAGGCCACGCCUGUCAACUCCUCGCACCUCCUCACCUCCGCCGGCUCCCCAAAUGGCGCAGGUGCGACGUCCUCCGUCCUGAAGAUCAAGACGGAGAUGGCCGAACCGAUCAACUUCGACAACGACAGCAGCAUCUGGAACUUCCCACCCAACAGAGAGAUUUCCAGAAACGAGUCGCCGUACAGCAUGACCUCCAAGCCGGCGCCCCCGGGCUCCCACGAGAACUUCCCCUCCCCCCAGGGAGGCUCUCUCCAGGUCGCCAUCCCCGACUCCGUCCUCACCCCUCCUGGAACCGAGGGAGGAGCAGGAGGAGUGAGGAAGCCUCCUUACAACGGAAGCUCGGCGCCGUCCUCCGCUUCCAGCGCCACCAGUUUAGCGCCUCCCUCCAGCGCCUCCUCCGCCGACCCCCUGUCGCCUCCUCUCUCCGCCUCCCCGCGGGACAAGCAACAAGGCACUCCCACCACCUCCUCUUCUUCUUCCUCCUCCUCCUCGUCCUCGUCGACCCCGUCAUCCUCGCUGCUGUACUCCGGCGACCUGGAGGCUCUACAACGCCUACAGGCCAGCAACGUGGUGCUUCCGUUGGUCCACCGGGUAACGGGGACUCUGGCGUCCACCAGCACGACGGCUCCGCGGGUCUACACCACCGGGACCAUCAGGUACGCACCGGCGGACGUCACCCUGGCCAUGGCGCAGGGCAACCUCCUCCCCAACGCCGCCAUGAACUUCGUCGACGGCUCGGGGUUCGGCCUGGACCCCAAGACGCCCAUGGAGAUGCUCUACCACCACGUCCACAGGCUCAACAUGUCGGCAGCGGCAGCGGCCGGCCCGUUUGUCGGAUCCCCGUCGGCCACGGGCGGGAACGGCGCCCUGGGGGGCCAGAUGCCGACGGCGGCCAACGUUUUCACCACGGCGGAGGGACUUUUCUCGACGCUACCGUUCCCGGUGUACAGCAACGGCAUCCACGCCACGCAGACGACUCUGGAGAGGAAGGAGGAUUAACGCUACACGUUCGAGACCGCAUUACUGUGUUUCUGGAAUCAACAACUGUGUUCAAAGACUACUCACUAGUAAACAAAAUAAAAACUAUUUCCUUUAUCUUUUAUCAACACGGCACUGUGUUUCCGAGAGGGGAGAAAGGAUGACAGAUGUACUCUAGCACUUUGAAUCUGAGCAACUGAGCUUGUGUAAUAGACAUGAAUGACCCUCAAACAUGUCCCCCCCUUUUUUCUAUCUUUUACCUCUCUCCUCCUCAUCCUCUUCUCCUCCUCUCUCUCUCUCUUUGCUCCUGUUUCUUGCGAUCAGCAACGUUUUUUUUUUUUCCUCUUGAACAAACAAACAAAAAAAAAAACAUUCUUUAUUGUAAAGAAUUUCUUUUCUUUGCCUACAGAGAAUUCAUAUUUGCCUACGGACUCCGCUGGAGCCAGACGGGGGGAUACUUUUUUAUGAUUUUGACUUUUAUGUUGCGUCUUUAUGAAGAUGCUGAUUGUGUGUAUUUAACGGAGGACGGUAACAGGGAUUUGACAGACUAUGCGGCGGCGCUCCUCCACAUGUAUCUUGAUGUGAUCAAGGAUUUUAAAAGAAGAGGGAGCUCUCUCUCUCUUUGCGCCCGACAUAAAGGUCUCAGAGAUAAUAAUCUUUUGAAAAAAGGUUUUUUUUCUCGAUUGAGGGAAUAGUUUAGAGAAUUAAUGCUUUUCAUUUUCUUUCUUUUUUUUUUUUAUAAAAUAUUCUAGCUCAGAUUUAACUUACGAAUCAAGAAGAAAAACAAGAAAAAGCAAUUUCAGCCGGGUAAUGACCUGUGAAUUAUCGAAUGUUACUACUUCCUCUCUUUUAUCCCAGGAGUUUACCUUACAGGUCUCGCACCAAACAUAACCUCCUCUAACAUCAUCCUCUCUCCGUCAUCCUCCUCUCUCCACUUCUGUCUACCUGGUUUUUAAACAUAUACAGAUUCAUGGUGCUACCGACCGUCCAGUAACCCCGAUUCAGCUGGCUGAUGUGGGUGCUGUAAACGAACCCACGGCUCGUUGACAGACUGAUUUAUUUUUGGUUUUUGGAGGGGGAACUUUGUUUUGUUUUUUCUCUUUCUGACCUUCAGGAAAGUCAGAAACACAGCAAGAACCUUAGAACCUCUAAAUCAGCAUCUCUACAUGUCCCUCCUUUGUUUGUCUUGAAACAAAAGCACUUCAUCUGAUCGCCAUGGCAACAUGGAGGUCGCAUUUUAGGCUUUUUUUAUUUUUGUGUUUUUUCUAACUUAAUCACUUUUAAUUCUCAGUGAGACUGAGGCUAAUACGCUAGCGUUGCUAACUUGAAAAAUGAAUGUUGAAAAACCUCGACCGGCUCCUGUUUGAUUAGUUUUACUACUUUUUCCUCCUCCUCCUCCUCCUCCUCCUCUUCCUCCUCCUCCUUCUUCGUCUUCUUCUUCCUAAACCAGAAUCACCUCCACAAGAUUUUUCCUAAAAACAAUCCACUCUCUUCCAUCUCAUCGCCGGACCCUGUGAUUUAAAAAAAACAAAAAAACAAAAAACACAUAUCAACAAAAGGAGAUUGUAAUAAAGACAUGCAUUUUUCAAUCAAUCAAUCAAUCAAACAAUCAAAAUCCAAUAACUACAAAAAAAAAUCUUUUUGAGGAAGAGAAAAAAAUUCCUUUAAACAAAAAUGUUGUCUUUGUCGUUGUUCUUCUGUUCUGUGUUUCUUCUCCCCCAGCCCUCCGUUGCCAAAAAAAAAAAAAAGAAAUCUCACAACGUUUAGUGUUUUAAAAAGCACUGUGAUUCAUUUGUAAUUAUAUUUUUUUCUUCUACUUUUUAGGUAAAAAGAGAAAAAAAAGAUGAGAACACGUAAAAAAAACAAAACCACAUCCAUCUUUUUAAAGUUGACAGCCCCGUCUUUACCAUCCCGUCAUACCUUAUUACCCAGUGUGAUUAAGCCGUAAAAACGUUGUUACCGAUGUGUUUAGUGUCACUGGCUGUCAAAAAGUCUUUCAUGGCGACUUCUCUCUCUGUGUGUGUUGACUAUAUGCAGUAUAUACUGAGCUACUGUAGCUGUUUUUGUCCUUUGUCUUCUCUGUGCUCUAUCUCUAGUGUGGGGGGACGGGGAGGGGCGGGGCUUAGAUGGAGAGGGGCGGAGCCUAUAGAGAGGCUAAGUCCCGCCCCUUCCGGUGGACCACCACGGGAUCUUAUUACGGAAAAAAAUAUGAACAGUAGUCAACGGAGAGAGAUGAAUGCUUUUUUAUCUUGUUUGAAUUGCGCCAUGAAUCACACAGAUGAAUAUCUUCCGCUUAUCUGGGGCCGGGUCGUGGGGGCUGCGGGCUUAGCGGGGAAUUCGAGAAGUCCUUCUCCUCAGCAACGUUUUCCAGCUCUUCCUGGGCGACCCCGAGGCGUUCCCAGAACAGACCAGACCAGAUAUAUAAGCUCUCUGGCGUGUUCUGGGUCUAUCCCGCCCGGGGCCUCUUAUCAGUUGGACGUACCCAGAAAACCUCCAAAGGGAGGCGUGCCGAACCACCUCAGCUGGCCCCUUUAGAGAUGAAGGAGCAGCGUCUCUACUCCGAGCUUCCUCCGGACCUCUAAGGCCGAGUCCAGCCGCACUACGGAGGAAGCUCAUUUCGGCCGCUUGUUUCCGCGGUAUCAUUCUUACGGUCACUGCCCAAAGCUCAUGACCACAGGUGAGGGUUGGAACGUAGAUGGACCGGUAAAUUGAGAGCUUCGCCUUCCGACUCAGCUCCCUCUUCACCGCGGCGGUCCGGUACGGCGCCCCGCAUAACUGCAGACGCCGCACCGAAUUAUCAUGGCCUCAGACUUGGAGAUACUGACUCUCAUCCCGCCCCAGUGCGUGUUGAAGGUCACGGUCUGAUGAAACCAACAGAACCACAUCGUCUGCAUAGAGCAUAAUUCUGAGGUCCCCAAACUGGACUCUCCUUCCCCCAGCUGGGCCUUGAGAUCCUGUCCAUGAAAAUCACAAACAGGAUCGGAAACGUGUUUGACUUUGUGCUGAGUACUAUGUAUUUUUAUUUUGAAAAGCGGACGUAGUCCCACGUGUCUACUUCCUAAAAGCCUAACCAGGUACAAGGACUGCAAAUUAGCUAGAAGUCCGAUAUACGUUGCAUCGGGUGCACUUUAAUUAAGUGUAACAAUGCUUACAUGUGUUGUCCCUGUCAGAUAAAUAAAUAGACAAACAUCAUAUCUGAGAUUCAUGUGAUUCAAACGGGAUCAAAAAAAUAUUCUCUCUCCGUUGACUACCGUUCAUAUUUGUUCCGAAAAAAGGUCCGAUGGUCCACAGGAAGGGGACUUCGCCUCUGUAUGGGAUGAUUGACAUCCCCGACAACGACCCCCUUCUCUGUCUCUUCGUCCGUCUCUUCCUCCGUCUCCCUCUAUCUGCAGUCUUAGUGAAACCAGUGGAGGUUCGUGGAAUUUCGUGUUCGGUGGCCUUUGCAAAAAACAAAAAAAACUUUGUAGAGUCCACCUUUUUUUCCGCUGCUUCCUUUUCGUCUUUGUAAAACCUCUUUAUUUUUUGUUUGUUUUUUUUGGGGCGGGGGGGGUUUUCUAAUCCUUCUCUCUCUUUCUCUCUCUCUCUGCUAUUGCUUUUUGCUGUUGUGUAGUCUUAAUACAAACCUCUUUAUCUUGCUGUCCUUUCUCUCA